UCGGCGGCAUCAAGACAAUAUAUAGAAAAAAACUAAGCCAAAGCCAAAAGUUAAAUCCAACAAAAAGAGAAAAAAAACCUAAACGAAAACGAAUACGAAAACAAAAACACAUCAUACGCUAAACUAAAUCAAAGUCAAAAGCAAAAACAAAUACAAAAUCAAAGGCACGCAAACUCGAGCCGAGCCGAAGUCGAAGCCGAAGCCGAAGCCGAGAUCGCAGUCACAGUCACAGUCUCGAUGCUCUGCAGUCGCAGCCGAAGCGAAAUCCCAAGCAAAGCGAAGGCAAAGUCGAAACGAGCCUAGAAGACUGACACUAUAAAUGCACACACACAAACAAAUAAAUUGAGAUGCGAGCAUAAAGAAAAAGAUGUGAAAGAUGCGCGACGUCAACUAAGCGACCGGAUUCGGGAUUGACUUUUGCCUAUUGUCAUUGUUAUUUUUGUUGUUGUUGUUGUUUUUUUUUUUUCGUUCUUGUUGUUGUUGUGCAAGUGUGUUUCAUUUGAUUUUGUUGUUGUUGUUGUGUGCAAAAGAGAAUCAAGCAGACGGCAGACAGGCAGGCUUUAAGUGUGACUGUGUGACUGGCACGAGACGAGCGCGAGAGCGAGACAACUGUAUAGUGCUGCCGAGACGAGGAAUAUAGAAAGCAUAAGAAAACGAAACCGAAACGAAACCGAAAUCAAAACCGAAGCCGAAGCCGAAGCCCAAAGCUUAACUUCGGGGCGAGUGCGAGACAGAGACAGAGACAGCGAGAGAAGGCGGCUAGUUUUUAUGAUUGCCCCUUGAUUUAUGCCUUUUUGCCGUUUUGGCAUCUCUGUCUUUAAAACGCGCCGCGACAACGCGAAAUGCAUUAAGUGAGACACACACACACACGCACGCACACACACACACAUAUGCACAUAUGCCGAUGCCGAUGCUGUGUGUGGGUGUGUAUGAGUGUCGCGCCACGUCGCGCCUUGUGCUUUAAAUUGCCAGCCAACGCGCGUCGCAAACGCCUCGUUGCCGCUCCCCUCCGCCCCUCGCAACGAUCAUCGCCAUCCUGAGCGCUGCAAGAGAUCUUCACGACAAUUGAAAAUAACGCGCGGUUUAUAUAGAAAGAGACUAAAAACUUACUACUACAUGCGUGCACGUGUGUGUAGGUGUAGUAGUAGUUGUUGUUGUUGUUGUUGUUGUGGGUGUUAGUGUGUGUGUGUGUGUGCUGCUGCUGCUGCCGAGGCCGAGGCUAAAGCUAAAGCUAAAGCGGGCGAAUCAACACCAUUGAAGUGGAAGCGACAGAGAUUGAGAUUGAGAUUGCGUUUCAUAGAGCGGCCGCAGCGCAGUUUACGAGUGUCCAUCACCACUACAACACCGUGCAGCAAUGGAAGACUAUUGGGGUCUUAGCAGCACUACGGAUAUAAAUUGCACUCUGCCCGCCAUUGAUGAUUUCCCCAGAGAUCUAUUCACGGAGGCGCAAAGACAGUCCGGUGCUGUUGUACUUCAUGUUAUAGCCAGUUUAUAUUUAUUUGUAGCAUUAGCAGUAGUAUGUGAUGAGUACUUUGUGCCAGCUGUCGAGAAAAUCUGUGCAGCACUCAACAUGUCCAACGAUGUGGCGGGCGCCACGUUUAUGGCAGCGGCCACAUCGGCGCCGGAGCUGUUCGUCAAUGUGAUAGGCACAUUUAUCACAGAGGGCGACAUUGGUGUUGGCACCAUUGUUGGCUCUGCGGUGUUCAACAUACUCGCUGUUGCCGCCUGUUGUGGCAUCGGUGCCGGCAUGACUAUACCGCUGGACUGGUGGCCUCUGACGCGAGACAGCAUCGCCUAUGGCGUUACAGUCGCCAUCCUAAUCUGUGUGAUGCACGAUGAGCGCGUCGAGUGGUACGAGGCUCUCAUUCUGGUAUCGCUCUAUGCCGUCUAUUUGGCAGUCAUGUAUUUCGACAAAUCUUUCCAAAAGUGCGCCAAAGGUGGCGUUAAGCAGGCGCGUUCGCGCAGCCGCUCCUCCAACUGCAGCAUACACACAAAGAACAGCAAUGAGAAGGAACCAGAACUUGUAGAGAAUCGCAUCUGCCAGAACAUGGCAAGCAUUCAGCUGAAUGGCGGCCUCAACAACGAUCAGUCCAAGGCGGGCAGCAAUACCACAACCACAACCACAGCUGGCUUAGGCGGUGGUGGAGGCGUCGUUGCAGCUGUUAGCAGCGGUCCAGCUGCAGGAGGAGUAGGAGGUGGAGGAACUGCAGCUGGAACUGGCGUUGGCGUUGGUGUGGCAGCAAUCGGACCCAUUGUCUCGGUGUCGGCUGUUGUGGACAAUGCGGAUCCUGAGUCGCAGCUCGCUGCGGUAGCUGCGGUGGCUGCGGCGGCAGCUGCUGCGGGUGAGGAGCAGGAACAGGAGGGUUAUUCGCUAUUCACAUAUCCAAAGGGUACGAGUUGCUUUGCCCAGUUCACGUGGCUGAUCAUUUGGCCCAUCCAUCUGCUCUUCCGCAUCGCGAUACCCGAUUGCAAAAAGGACAAGAGCAACAGGAUCUUCCCAUUGACUUUCUUCAUGUGCAUUGUGUGGAUCGGAUCGCUCUCCUAUGUGGUCGCGUGGAUGAUAACCAUUAUUGGCGACACACUUAAGAUACCCGAUUCGGUGAUGGGAAUUACAUUUUUGGCCGCCGGCACCAGUGUUCCCGAGGCAGUGUCCAGUGUGAUUGUGGCCAAACGCGGUCACGGAUCGAUGGGAAUAUGCAAUUCAAUUGGAUCGAAUACGUUCGAUAUAUUAUUGUGCCUGGGCGUGCCGUGGCUGAUAAAGGCGGUGUUUUUCCCCAUACUGCCGGGACAGAAUUAUGUGGCGAUCAAUUCGGCGGGCUUGGAAUAUUCGGCGAUCACAUUGCUGUCGACGCUGUUUCUGCUCUAUUUGACAUUCUCGAUGAACAAGUUCAAGCUGGACAAGAAAGUGGGCAUCGCCUGUUUGGUGAUCUAUUUGGUAUUUAUGGUAUUUGCCUCGCUCAUUGAGCUCAAUGUGUUCUUUCGCGUCAAUCUGCCAACCUGCGGACGAUCAUGAGCCAUUGUGGGAGCCUAAGGAGCUGCGAGAUAGGAAGUUAGGGAGCUGGAAGCUCGCGGCUGGAGCUGAAGCUGGAGCUGGAGCUGGGACUGGUACUGCAAUUGAAACUAGAGCUAGAACUGGAACUGCAACUGGAAUCUGGAAUCUAGAGCUGAAGCUAAUUAUAACAAAAGAGAGAGAGAGAGAGCGGGAGAGUGGAAGAGGCAAGAGAGCGAGAGCGAGAGGGAGAGGGAGAGAAAGUGGGCCGAGGCAACUCUGCAGUGCAGUCGUUUUAAUUAAUUAAUAUGUAUUUCCUGUUCUAUUCUAUCUACCUUGAUAGUUGAGUUACCUUAUGCUACUACGUUAUGCUGUUAUUGUAAUACUUUUUUUUUAUUAUUAUUAUUAAAGUAGAAUGGAAAACUCAUCAGUGAUCACAUCGCAGUGACAUGAGAGAAUCAACCAAAAAUCAAAAACCAAAACAAACAAACCAAAAAAAAAACAAAAACAAAAAAAAAC